CUCAUCCCCAUGCUUCCAGCCCCUCCUCAACCUUCCCAGCUUUCUCGUGUUGUACACCACUCUCCCACGGCUACUACUCCCUAAUCCGACAGCAUGAAGACCGGGGUGGCUGCCUUGGUCGGGGGCAUCGUGGGGGGGCUGGGGGUGCUCUGCUUCCUUGUGGCUUUCGGCACGGAUUACUGGCUCCUGGCGAGCGACGACUGUGGCAGCGGCCACUACCCCACAUUGCCGGGGACUACAACAACAACAACAACAGCAGCAACAACAACAAUAACAACACCUAACACCACAGAUGCCGCCACUGCCCCCACUGUCCUCGUCGCCAACGCCACUAUGGCCAACAUCUCUGAGGCAGUAGCUCUGCGGUCUGUAGAGGAGGUGACUGCAGCACCCAGUUUAACUUUCCAUCAUGAGGGAUUCUUCUGGCGCUGUGAGUUCCAAGCAGAGGCUUCGAUGCAUGCGAUCCUCGCUGUGCUUUUCACUAAUCAGCCAGCCUCCAAAGUCUGUAUCCAUGGAUACCUUUUCCCGCUCCCGGUUGCCGUGGGGCCAGUUCCUCAUCCCAUGUAUGAUACUACUGCAGUGUUCCGAGGCUUCUGGACGGUGUUCAUCAUUCUAGCGCUGGUUGCCGGCCUGGUGGGGGGCUUCCUGCUAGUCUGUGCUGUUCCCUUCACCAGCCACAAGCUCUACAGGCUGGGAGGCAUCUUCCUCAUUACCGCAGCUUGUCUCUUCCUGGUCCUGGUGGUGUUGUUUGUGCUGUGGAAGGAGCUGGUGGACAUGCGUGGCUAUAUCCUCCAGGACCGGGGGCUGGACUGCCCCGACGUCCAGCCCGUGGCCCACUAUGGCUGGUCGUUCAUGGUGGCGGCGGCCGGCAUCCCCCUGGCACUCCUCUCCGGUCUGCUCUUCUUCUCCACAAGCGUGUAUCUACAGAGGGCGAAAUGAGAUUAGCAUAGCUUGUGACAAUAGCACAUAGUACGAUUUUUAAUACCAUACAAAUGUGUGUGUGUUUUUUUUUACAAGUUUUCCUUACAAGUAGGGAGAGAAAUAGGACAAGGGGGGAAUACUAGGCCAACACUUGGGAGACUAAUUAUUAAUUAUUAUUGCUAAUUAUUUUGCGUCCAAAUUCCACUCGUCGACUCCACUGGAUGUGUUUCGCAGCAAGAUGGCUUGAUUGAAAUGAGACCUAAGAGAGAGAGAGAGAGAGACACAGAAGGGGACUGAGCUGAGAUGACUGAGAGUGUCCUGCAGAAAGAGACUCGGUGUUAUGUAAGAACGUGCGACACACAAGGGGGCCCUGGAACAAAGACACCAUGUUGCUGCGUCUCUGAGUUUUUCCGUUGCUGAGCCCAUUCAAAAACAAACAAUAGACGUUCUGUAUUAGAGGCACACUUAGCUCAGUAGGGAUAUGACUCUGCACAACGUCUGCCCAUUCAAAGCCAAAGCACAUUGUUUACGUUCCUCUUGGGUUCUUGAAAUGUUCUAUCCGGAACAUUAAACAAACUGUUUGUUAAAAGGAAAAAUCACGCCGAGCCUACAAUAGUCCUUUGGGUAAAAAGAAAAUAUUACAGAAUUCUAUAGAAAAUAAAUGUUGUGAUCUGCACUCCAACAACCUCUUCAUGAUUGGCAUGUCCCUGGAAAACAAUCUCUGAAAUCUGUGUUUUCUUUGGCUUAAAUGCACUUUUUUGGAAUAUAGAUGCAUAUGGGAGGAAAUGCAACACAAUAUGGAAUAUUACCACACAUAAUUAUUGCUAUAUAUGGGAUACAAUGGGUUACAUUGUUUAUUAUGAAAACAGACUCUAUUAUUUUUGUGAUGUUAUUAUAACUAUGAUAAUUGCCAUUCUUUCUAAGGUGGAUUGAUCACUGUAAAAACAGAGUAAACUGAUUAGUAAGUCAUUAAAAUGUUGUGUUCUUAUUAGAUUUAAUGUACUACUUAAAAUAAAAAUACAAUUUUGUGCAAAAUGGGAUCUUUCCACAAUCAAGACGAUUUACAGGAAGUACUUGGAUCAACACAGGGAGCGCACACUCACUCAUACACAAUCACAUUCUUUCUUUCAUAGAGACACAGACACACACACGCAAAUGUUUAUACUAUGUAAGAUAAAUGAUACAGAAUGAUCAGUGCGCCCAUUCAACCACACAAUAAAAAGACUAUGUGGAGAGAGAGAGAGAAAGAGAGAGAGAGAAUAACAAGUCCACCUCCUCCCCCUUACCACUCUGAUUGAAAUGAGAUCAAAAGCCUGCAGGACUUUGAUGAAUGAACAUCUGCAGGAGUCUGGGCUCUGUGGGGUACAGUAGAGUAGCGCCACCUGUCUCAGACACACACACACACACACACACACAUUGUAUGUGUAGAGGGCUACAGUGUGUGUGUAUGUGUGUGUGUUUGUGAGUGAGUAUGUUUGUGACAGAGGGCGCUUGUGACACUCAUCUUUGUCAUUUGCAUAUCAGAGCACACCCCUCCUGCUCAACUCUCUGGAUGAGCUAAUCUCUACUAAGAGAGAGAGAGAGAGAGAGGGGAGGGAGAGAGAGAGCCUGUUGAAUAAAAACACUGUAUUUGGCUCUCUGGA